CGUUCACCGUCUUCCAUCGCCUUCGCGAAAAGUCCACCAAUGGCGGGGGUUCUCCUCGCACGCUCUUCGCCGCGCAUCUCCUCCUACUCGCUUUCUAUGUCAGCUCGUUGCUUACCCUCGCUCUCCGCAUCGUCUCCCCCUCCGCGGCCCUCGCGCCAUGCUUCCUCCCCGCCGCCUGCGCGCCACCUCGCCGACCCGCGGUCGACGAUCAGCCACCGAGCGCUUGUCCGCUCUUCUGCUGCAGUCUCCGAUCGAUUUGAGAGCCGGUUCGCCACCAUGGCGAUGAGGAAUUCGUACGACAGCAUCUUGGCGACGUUGCCGAAUCCGGGAGGUGGGGAGUUUGGGAAGUACUACAGCUUGCCGGCGCUCUCUGAUGCCAGGAUCGAUCGGCUUCCGUACUCAAUAAGGAUUCUUUUGGAAUCCGCGAUUCGGAAUUGCGACGAGUUCCAGGUAACUGCAAAGGACGUAGAAAAGAUCUUGGACUGGGAGAACACAUCGCACAAACAAGUUGAGAUCCCCUUCAAACCUUCUCGUGUUCUCCUCCAGGAUUUUACUGGAGUUCCUGCUGUGGUUGACCUUGCUUGCAUGAGAGAUGCUAUGAAACAACUGGGAAGUGAUCCAAAUAAAAUCAACCCGUUAGUUCCAGUGGAUCUUGUUAUUGACCAUUCUGUGCAAGUCGAUGUGGCACGAUCAGAGAAUGCAGUGCGGGCAAACAUGGAAUUUGAAUUCCAACGCAAUAAGGAAAGGUUUGGUUUUCUUAAGUGGGGUUCCCAUGCAUUCCAAAACAUGCUUGUUGUUCCACCAGGGUCUGGCAUUGUGCAUCAGGUGAACUUAGAGUAUCUAGGUCGAGUUGUCUUCAAUACUGGAGGAAUUCUUUACCCGGACAGUGUUGUUGGCACUGAUUCUCACACAACAAUGAUAGAUGGACUAGGUGUUGCUGGCUGGGGUGUUGGUGGAAUAGAAGCAGAAGCUGUAAUGCUUGGUCAGCCAAUGAGUAUGGUGCUUCCUAGAGUUGUCGGUUUCAAGCUCACUGGGAAAUUGAGGAAUGGUGUGACGGCUACAGACUUGGUUUUGACUGUGACCCAAAUGCUAAGGAAGCAUGGUGUUGUUGGGAAGUUUGUUGAGUUUUAUGGAGAAGGCAUGAGCGAACUUUCUUUGGCGGAUCGAGCCACAAUUGCAAAUAUGUCCCCUGAGUAUGGAGCAACUAUGGGUUUCUUCCCAGUUGAUCAUGUCACGCUGCAAUAUCUGAAAUUGACUGGGCGGUGCGAUGCAACUGUUGCCAUGAUAGAGUCCUACUUACGGGCUAAUAAGAUGUUUGUUGACUAUAGCCAGCCUCAAAUUGAUAGAGUGUAUUCAUCUUAUUUGGAGUUGAAUCUUGAACAUGUUGAACCAUGUGUAUCAGGACCUAAAAGGCCUCAUGAUCGAGUUCCUUUGAAAGAAAUGAAAGUGGAUUGGCAGUCUUGUUUGGAUAACAAAGUUGGAUUCAAGGGUUUUGGUGUGCCAAAAGAAUCUCAAAAUAAAAUUGCAGAAUUCUCUUUCCAUGGUAGCCCUGCCCAGAUAAAGCAUGGUGAUGUUGUCAUUGCUGCAAUUACCAGUUGCACAAACACAUCAAAUCCAAGUGUAAUGCUAGGUGCGGCUUUGGUUGCAAAGAAGGCUUGUGAGCUAGGCCUGGAGGUCAAACCAUGGAUUAAGACGAGCCUUGCUCCUGGCUCUGGAGUUGUAACCAAAUACUUGGAGAAAAGUGGUCUUCAAAAGUAUUUAAACCAACUUGGUUUCAACAUAGUUGGGUAUGGGUGCACCACUUGCAUUGGGAAUUCUGGGGACCUUGAUGCGUCUGUUUCUGCUGCAAUAGCAGAGAAUGACGUAGUUGCAGCUGCUGUAUUGUCUGGAAAUAGAAACUUUGAGGGGCGUGUGCAUCCUUUGACCAGAGCCAAUUAUCUAGCAUCGCCUCCACUUGUCGUAGCUUACGCUCUUGCUGGCACGGUUGAUAUUGACUUUGAAAAAGAACCUAUAGGGACCUCAAAGGACGGAAACAAGGUCUACUUCAAAGAUAUUUGGCCUAGUACUGAAGAGAUAGCAGAGGUUGUACAAUCCAGCGUGUUGCCAAACAUGUUUAAGAGUACCUAUGAGGCAAUAACCAAAGGCAAUCCCAUGUGGAAUCAGCUUUCUGUUCCUUCAAGUACAGAGUACACCUGGGAUCAUACAUCAACAUACAUUCAUGAACCUCCUUACUUCAAAAAUAUGAGGAUGUCUCCUCCUGGGCCACACCCUGUGAAAGAUGCCUACUGCUUGCUAAACUUUGGUGACAGUAUCACAACAGAUCACAUUUCACCUGCUGGAGCCAUUCCCAAGGAUAGUCCUGCUGCCAAGUACUUGAUGGAGCAUGGUGUUGAUCCAAAAGACUUUAAUUCGUAUGGGAGUCGGCGUGGCAAUGAUGAGGUGAUGACGAGGGGAACAUUUGCAAAUAUUCGUCUUGUUAACAAACUAUUGAAAGGAGAAGUCGGUCCCAAAACUAUUCACAUUCCGACAGGAGAGAAACUUUCUGUUUUUGAUGCUGCCAUGAGAUACAAAAGUGAAGGCAAUGAUACUAUAGUAUUGGCGGGUGAGGAAUAUGGUAGCGGAAGUUCUCGUGAUUGGGCUGCAAAAGGCCCCAUGCUUCAAGGCGUUAAAGCAGUAAUAGCGAAGAGCUUUGAGAGAAUUCACCGUAGCAACCUUGUUGGCAUGGGAAUCGUGCCCUUGUGUUUCAAGCCUGGGGAGGACGCAGAGACCCUUGGUUUGACAGGCCACGAACGUUACACUAUGCACCUCCCAAGCAAUGUAAGCGACAUUAAACCUGGCCAAGAUGUCACUGUAACUACUGACGAUGGCAAGUCUUUCGCAUGCACUGUUCGCUUCGACACUGAGGUGGAACUGGCAUACUAUGAGCAUGGUGGAAUCCUUCAUUACGUCAUUAGGAGCUUGAUCAACACCAAGAAUUAGUUUUGUUCUAGUGUACGUAAGAAGUCAUUACUACAGAGCUUUUGCUUUACGACGGCGUUUAGUUUUGUAAGAUUGAUCUUGGGUUCUUGGGGUUUUCAUUCACACCGCCCAAGAAAUAAAACUACGAAUGCGAACUCGUGAGUGAGAUCGGGGCUCGAAUCCAUAUUUAUAUGAAGAUGAUAGUUGAUAAUGAUGAGGGUUUACGUUUUUUUCCCAUAUGACUCGACAAAUCUAUGUUUAUUUGGUACUUAUGGUCCUAUUGUGGAAUUAUUUUUAUUAACAAGUUUGAAAAGAUUUUUUAGUAGUUUUAAUAUUAAAUUUCAUAUUA